AUGAUUGCAUACUGGCUCAGUUUCGGCGAUGAAGGCACUGGGACGCAGGAAUGUCGGCACACCGUGGAAAUUCUAGGAAUUUCAGCUUUAUCAACAUUUGUGUGGGAAUCAAUAUUCGACGGAAAUCUCACACGCGUUGAUGAUACAUGGCUUCGCGGAGAAAUGAUGAUGCCGCCUUGGAAGCUUGUUUUCAAGACUGGACCUGCUAUUAGUAAUGGAAUGGUCUCUGUGGAACAAAGCUGUGUCAUCUUGAUUUUGAAUGGUCGCACUCGUCCCAAAGCCGAAGAUGCCCUACGAUGGAUUAGUCGGAUAUCAGAAUUGAAACUUGAGUACAUUGCUGUUAUUCUACUGGGUUCCGAGGAUUGCGACAAUGGGUGGUUAACAAGACGACUCCGGAUAAAUGGAGGGAUGUUGGAUGAUAUUUUUGUCAUUUACGAUAGUCUCGAAAUCGACGACGAACAUGUUUUCCGUUGGCCCCUUGGCACGGCAACGCCCAUUCAUGGCUUAGUUUUCUUAUAUAAAUGGAAUCCAGGAAGCAAAACCAGUGGAUCUGUUGUGAGUGAUUCUCGUUUGGAAAGCAUAUAUUUCGCUAAGCAGGUCAUACAAAAUGCCUGCGCCACUCAAGCUCUUUUGAGCAUUUUGUUGAAUGUUCCAAAUUUGGAACUGGGAACUGCUUUGACGGAAUUCAAAGAAUUUUCUGCGUCAUUAGACCCAGCAAUGCGUGGAUUGGCGUUGUCAAAUUGUGAAAAUAUUCGGAAGACCCACAACUCGUUCGCUAGGCAAUCUAUUUUUGAGAUGGACUCGAAACAAGCAGGAAAAGAUGACGAUGUUUUUCAUUUCGUGAGUUACAUUCCAUUUGGCGGAAGACUAUACGAGUUGGAUGGAUUGCAGGAGGGCCCCAUAGAUCACGGAGCCAUCGAACCCAGCGAGAACUGGUGGAACUCGGCCCGGGAGAUCAUACAAAAACGAAUUAAGGAGUUUGAAGGGGAUGAAAUCCAUUUCAACCUCAUGGCGGUGAUAGAGGACAAGUGUUCGAGGUUUUCGAAGGAGAUCACGGAAUUGCGAGAGAAAUUAAAGGUGAGGUCUCCUCGGCAUUGCCUUAACGUCAUUAUACAUGGUGACGAACAUUUUUAUUUUCAGAAUUCCGAAGAAAUGCAAGAAAGUGAACGCAGUGAAAUCAUGUCUCGAAUCGCUCAAGUGGAGCAGCAAUUGCAGACGGAGAAUGACAAGCGAAGGCGUUGGCAAGUCGAGAACAUCCGCCGGAAACAUAAUUAUGUCCCUUUCAUUGUUGAACUUUUGAAAUUGCUGGGCAAACAAGGUAUGUUGAUGCCCUUGUACAUGAAGGCGAAGGAGCGGGUGAGGCAGAAAAGCAAUUCGAGCCUAUGGUUUCUCGCUCCGUCCUAA